UUCCUGCAUCACGAAUGAUCACAAACAAAUCUUUAUCUUUUUGAUCGUAAAAUAAACUGAGAAAUUGGACCUUUCUACCUAAAUCUGGCUCUCAGGGAUUAGUAGAGAUGUUAAUCCGGGAACUGACAGCAUUAGCGUUCCUAUGUCUGUGGAACUUCUCACACGGCGGUUUACGACGGCUUAAUGACUAUGUAAUGCACUAUGAGGGGUUAACGUACAGCACCACUGACCUUCACGAUGCCCACAGCCGCGUGAAAAGGUCGAUUUCCACCGAUGCGCAUUUAAAUUUCAAUGCUCACGGACAAACAUUUUCCCUCCGCCUCAGCCCCGAUACCAGUAUUUUCUCACGCGACGCCGUUAUCGACCGCGGCCACGGGAAGGUAGAAAAAUUAGAUACCAGUCAUUUAUAUCAGGGAGAAUUAGCGGGCCAGCCUGGCUCCAGUGUAGUUGGUGCUAUAAUUGACGGGACAUUCCGCGGUUAUGUGAAAACGUUAGAUGAAACAUAUUACAUAGAGCCUUCUAGCUACUACUUCAAGAGUCCACAGAAGUUCCAUUCCAUUAUCUAUGCAGACAGACGCGUGAAAGAGAGAGUUAAAAGAGGUGAACCCCAUCAGCCACACUGUGGUCAAGCAAACCCUAUCACCAAGGAAUGGAUGGAAAGCGUACAGAACUCAGGAGUAGAACAGCCCGAUCGACCGAAGCGCGGCACAAACUCAUUCUCGGGGCGAGAUAAUUUGUAUCAUAAUCUUUACUCCGAGUCCUUGAAUCGUCAAAAGAGGGCGCCAGCGAGUAAUGCAAAAGUUUGCACAUUGUUCAUGCAGUCCGACCCGAUGUUGUGGAUAGAGCUCAGAACUGAAGGAAAGGAUGCCAUUUCAAUACAGCGGGAAAUAUCUGGUAUUUUCCUCACGCACGUUGCAGGGCUGAAGAAUAUUUAUGAGGCGACCACUUUCAAGAAUUCCGACAGCCCCGGGAUUAGUUAUAGCGGUAUUACUUUUCAAGUAAAUAAAGUCCAGAUUCAGAAUGAUUCAGCCUGCAGCCAGGUCAACACGAAUCAGUUCUGUAACCCGUACAUCGACGUCAGCAACUUCUUGAACCUCAAUUCCCUCGCGAACCACGACGACUUCUGCCUGGCGUACAUGUUCACGUAUCGUGACUUCAGCCAGGGGACGCUGGGAUUGGCGUGGGUUGGCGCCAAGGGAAGGGUCAGCGGCGGCAUCUGCGAGCAGUACAAAGAAUACAACGAAGGUGGCAAGAGAACGUUUAAAAGUUUGAACACCGGCAUCGUGACGUUUGAAAAUUACCAACAGCGUGUGCCGACCAAGGUUUCAAUAUUGACAUUCGCCCAUGAAGUCGGUCAUAACUUUGGAUCACCGCACGACUACCCUGCCGAAUGUAUGCCCUAUACGAAACUGAAAAACGAUGCUGGAAAUUUCAUUAUGUUCGCCCAGGCGACCUCUGGUGACCGGACGAACAACAAUCAAUUCUCGCCAUGCAGCCUCAACAACAUCUCGCUAGUCCUCGAUGAAAUUUUCAAUCAGAAUAACGGAAAAAUCAAUUGUUUCAAAGAUAUUGGAGUUGCAUUCUGCGGUAACAUGCUUGUGGAGGAAGGAGAAGAAUGCGACUGUGGCUAUGCUGACCAAUGUCAGGACAAGUGUUGUAAUCCUCGUCCGGUUGACGCAGGGGCAGAUGCGUCCGAAGCCUGUAAAUUGAAACCAGGCUAUAAAUGCAGCUCUGCAGAUCCAUGUUGUAAAAACUGUCAAUUUGACGACGCGACGAGGAUGUGUUCCCCUGAAACAGAGUGCAGCAAUGAAACGAAUUGCAAUGGUGUGGCUAAAACCUGCCCGAAGCCUGCUGCAAAGGAAGACUACACGCCUUGCAAUUCGAUGACCCAAGUCUGUAGGGCCGGGGAUUGUAAGGAUUCUAUAUGUCAGCGGUUCGGUUGGGAGGAAUGCUCGUCGACGUUAGAACAAGCAGACUCCACGGAGCUGUGCUAUAUCUCCUGCAAAGCCAAUGGUUCUGCCACCGCCCCCUGCAUAAGUAGUGCAAGUCUGACGCUAGCCGCAGAUGCGCCGAAGUUUAAAGAAAUGAUAGAUUCGAUAAAUGGAGGUCUGGCUAUUAGGAAGCCAGCUGGCUCCCACUGUGAUAACAUGCAAGGUUACUGUGAUGCCUUCUUCAAGUGCCGUCGCGUCGACGCGGACGGUCCGCUAGCUCGAUUGAAAAAUCUUCUCUUCAACCCAGCGACGCUUAAUACUAUCAAGGAAUGGAUUGUGGUUCAUUGGUGGGCCGUCCUGCUGAUGGCGAUAGGGUUAAUCCUCUUCAUGGCCUUGUUCAUCAAGAUAUGUUCAGUUCACACUCCAAGCAGCAACCCGAGUAAAAAGCCCGCACGCGCCCUUACGUUGCCGCGGAGACGGCCGCGUGGCGAGCAGCCGCAGGCAGCUGAGAGACGUCCACAGGUACCGCAGGGGCCGCCGCCACCUUACGGUGCACCAUCAGCACCACCUGGUGGCCCACCGCCGGGGAAAGGCAAGAAGCGCCGGGCAAAGGACCUGAGGUAUCAAGCAGAUAUAGAACUUCAUCCGCACCAGAGAGUAUAAUUUUUUGUAUACAUGUAAGUUUGGGUUGGUAGGGAGUGUCUGUGUAUUUUGCAGGGAUGUCAGAUUGUCGAUUUUAGGCGGAUUUCAGACUUUUUUUCCUCUUGUUAAUUGCUAAAUGUGAUAGCUUGAAUGGAAGGACAUCUGUCUUGACUCUCCGUGGAGCUUUGAAUUUUUAAAAUUGGUUCAAAAAUAAACAUUUUAGAGGCAUUUUUGUGCGUGUACGUGCUAAUCAAAAGACAAGAAUUUCUGCCAAAAUGGCAUCUUCAGAACUUCUUCUCUGCUAUAAUAUACAGACAUUUUUUGCUCGCUUAGGAGAAUUAUGUGCAGGCAAAAUUAACAUUCUUGCAGCUAUGCCUUAUUGGAUAUGCAAAUGAGGGGGCAGGGCCAGUGAUUGAUUUUGACAGGUGGGAGCUUGACACCUGCAACACCUAUCACAGUGUGGUUUGACCCAAAACUCUAUGGUUGGGUGAUACCAUAUCUGUGUUUUGGGAGUGUAGGGUAAAGAACUCACUUGUUGAGUGAACACUGCCUCGGGUGUCUUCAGCCAUUUUGUCUGAUUCAAAAAUCAGCAUUUUGUGGACAUCGAUUUUCUAGGAAUGUUGAUAUUUCAAUCGGACUCGAGACAAAAAUAUAUUAUUUUAAAGAAAAGUGUAACAUUUUGUAAAAAGAUUUUGUAAAGAAAUGUUAUUUACUAAAUGCUGAAUGCUUUUGGAUGGAUUAAAUAGUAAAUGUGGACGAUGCAUGUACAAGCCUUGUUCCAAUGUGGCUGUAUGAUAUAUAUGUGUGAUUUAUUUCUUUAAUGAUCUCUGUAAGGUAAAGUGGUACACUUAUAAUCCUGGUACAGUUAUAGCCUCUUCAGUACAGAAAACAUACACAUUAACAUUAAUGCACAGUACACAUGCAUACAAAAGCUGUAAUUAAACCCAGGUUAUAAUUGUACAAUCUUACCUUACUUCGUAGAAAAGAUGGAAAAAGCAGUGGUUUUGAGAGAAAAGGUACAUUUAAGGUAGUGUUAUUUUGUGCUAAGGUAAAGUGCUACAGUUAUAGUCACAGUACAAUCAUAGCCCUGCAGUGUAAAAAGCAGCUGUGCUACACAUUUUUGCACACCGAGUGUAUAAUUGUUCCAGGGCUAAGAUUGUUACACCUCGCCUUUUUAAUGAAACACUGAAGGUUAUACCCAAGGUCACUAGAAUAUUAAGGUUGCAAUAAGUCAAGGUCGUUACAAGGUGAAGGUCACUCCAUUUGAAGGUCAGACUGUCUUUAGAGUGGCCUCUAUGAAUUGAACUAGGAACUAGGCCUAACUUGGGAUGAGCUAGAAUAUCAAGGUCGCAAUAAGUCAAGGUCGUUACAAGGUGAAGGUCACUCCAUUUGAAGGUCAGACUGUCUUUAGAGUGGCCUCUAUGAAUAGAACUAGGAACUAGGCCUAACUUGGGAUGAGCUAGAAUAUCAAGGUCGCAAUAAGUCGAGGUCGUUACAAGGUGAAGGUCACGCCAUUUGAAGGUCAGACUGUCUUCAGAGUGGCCUCUAUGAAUAGAACUAGGAACAAGGCCUAACUUGGGAUGAGCUUCCUUCUAUUCGUAUGUUGGUGACAUAAAUCUUCAGAUCUUUACUAAUUUUUUGCCAAGUCACUAUUAGAGUGCCCUCUUUGAGUGGAACUAGGUACUGAGGGUGCUGCCCCCUGGUGCUGGAUUCUUAAAGUAAUAAUUCUCAAUCUCUUUGUCCAUAGUUUAGAUACUUUUGUACUUUUCAAACUUCUGCUUUUCUUCCUGUUUUGAGAUUUUUGUUUAACCCUUUGGGGAUUUAAAGGGGCACUGUAGGCAGGAGUCAAAUUAGUGGUCUUGGGAUGAUUAGUAUGCGCAGUUGGCGGGCAUCUGUGAUGUUGUUUUUGUAGAACAAAAUAAUACUUCUGUUUGUGUAGAUCCUGUAUUAUAACCCAGGCACUUAAGAAAAGGCAUCGUACUUUUGCAAUGGCUAGUCGCAGCGAUUUUAAUCGCUGUUGUGUGACAAAAAGAUCUUUCAUCUGCGUUCAAAGCUGGUAAUUCCUGAGUUUCAUAUUCAUGGCAGGUCGCUGCGAUAACGGAUUCUUAUCACAGGUGCCACUGCAGACGUUUUGUGUUGUUGCAUCCGAUCGUGAUCGCAUGUCGCUGUGAUUUCGAUCGUAUGUUUUUGGCACGAUUUUGAUCGCUUGUUUGCGGGGCACUUAAAGGACUACACCGUUCGUUAAGAAUUUUGAAUUUGUAAUUGAAUUUGAAAAUUUCAAUUGCGUAAAUACAUACUUAAUAUAAAUUUCAGCAUUGCCUUUCUGUAGACAGAUCUACAAAUACAAUAAGUACCAAGUUUCAACAAAUUCGUGUUCAUAAUAACUGCACUAUGGCAUUGUGUAUUAGUGCAUUUCUAUAGAACUUGGCCACCAGUAAUUAUGAACGGCGUACCCCUUUAAUACCAUUAACGCAUAUGAAUAGGCCAAGAAACAAACUUUAGAAAUGUAACGACGUUUCUGAUUGGUCAAUUUAUUUAGUUAGUGUUUUUAAAACAGCCAAUCAGAUUUGAAUUUUGUCACAACCCACAUGCUUAACCUCAGCAUUUGUUUUAACUUUACAUUGUAUAUAUUUGUUGAUACUAACUAAAGGAAAAUUUUAUACAAUCACUUUGGCACCGUUUUUUAAUCAUAUUAUUUUGGCACAUGUCUUAUUUGAUCACAUUGAUUAACAAGUUUUAUCUGCGAGGUGUUUGGAAACAGGUUUUCCAUACCAAAGCCAGGCAUCGGAAUUUAUAAGAAACUAGAGGUAUUGAUUGUCUCAGCAAAACCGUGAGGGUGGAGCAAAAAUGUUGGCCAAAAACGAGCAACAUUUCGGCUCCAUCCGAGCGGUUUGGGUGACUCAAUCAAUACUGACAGUAAGGUAUCAAUUUCUAUUCGAAAACGUCUCAAAUUAAACAAAGAAAAAUGUGGUUUUAAAAGCUUUUUGACAGCUUCCGCAUUUUGCACCAACCCAAGCGGAAUUGAAAACGAGGCUUCGUUUGCGCAUAGUGCAUUUACACUGUAAAGUGCGGUUCGUUCUAAAUCUAGAUGUUUUGGAAUAUCUCGCCAAUCACCAGAAGUGUGGAUCUGAAGACUCCUCAAUAAUGCCUUUGAAAUGUAUUUGUUUGUUAUGAUUAUGAUUUCAUUUUGUGCGUCUGCUUAUAUUUUGGAGGAUGGGGUAAAAACGAAUACUGCAAACUGGGAAAUGUUCGCAAACGUUUCAUUUUCAAAUGUGCAUGUACUGUCAAAGGCGUACCUAGAAAGCAUGUUAAUUUAUAAACUGUAAUGCAUUAACCCUGUGAAUUUUAUCAGCAAACACAGUAUUUAAUCUAUCACCAAUUGAAAAUGAGCAAUUUUGCCAACUUUUAGCGCCGCGAAAUUUUCACGGUUAUGAGUAUCGUACAAGUUCUCAGGUCUUUGUAACUUUACUAAUCAGGCGGAUUUGAAAAUUUUGGUUUAAAUGCAAGUUCAUGUGCUCAAAUUAAUACAGUAUUGAGAUGAAAAUUACUUAAAAUCGAUUAAUCAUUGUUCCUCGUUUUAUUAGAACUGAUGCAAAAAAAAUUCUUUUUGAAAAAUCUUCUUUCAAAAAAAGGGUUUUUACCCAUGCUGAGAUGUGUAUCCGAGAAUAUUGUAAGCUUAAGGUUGAGGUCAGGUUGAGGAAUUGGAGGUAUUGGUCAACUCACCAAACACUGUGAAUGUGGAGCUAAAAUGUUGGCAAACCCGAGGUGACGGCCAAGGUUUUGGCAAAAUGACGAAUAGUGAGAAGUGAAUCAUAUGUAACCCAGGCUGAAUGAGGUAUUGUUGAAUAAGUAACAAGUGAAUUCUAUGUAGUCCGGCCAAGGAGGUAUAUAGAAUGAGUGAGAAGUGAAUCAUAUGUAACCCAGCCUGAGGGGUUACAUAGAAUUAGUUACAAGUGAAUCGUAUGUAAACCAGGCCAAAGGAGGUAAUGUAGAAGAAGAUGCAGAAGAUCAUGAAAUUAUUUCAAACACACUAUUUAUGUAUGUGAAUAUAAUAUAAUAACAAUUAACUUGUGCGCUGAAUAUUUUAUUCAGUUCUUUUGAGACAAAAAUUGGUUCAAUAUGGGAAAAUUUUCCAAAAUCAUGAACUUUUAUAAAAAAACCAUGGUUUUGACAAAUUUUUGCUGGAAUUAUCCGAGAUAUUUUUAUAGCUUGUAAAUGUUUGUAUAUAAAAUGGAGGAAGUGUUAUAGUGAUUUGAACACUGUCAAGGGUAAUUUCUUCUGAAACGGCUAUUCCAUGCCAUCCAUUAGUCUUGAUAAAAAGCCCGAAAGGUUUUAAAGCCCAAAAGAUACUGUUAGAUUCUUAUAAGAAUACUUUACCAGCAAAGUUUUAUUGGGUUGUACACCAGGCAUGUGAUGUACACCAUUGCAAUUAAGGUUGGGUCAUCGUAAAAGGAGAACUGAACUCUGAAAUACCCCUGACAGCAGUAAUUGAAUGAAUUGUUGGCCCAUCUUUGUACUUAGCCAUGUCAGUUUCAGAUUUCGCUAUGGGACAAGGGUUGUCCAACAAAUGCACAGAGUUGUAAAUAAAAUUAACCCCUUUGUGCCCAAGUUUCUUUGGUUUAAGAUUGGACUUUGUGAAAACAAUCCAAUUUUGGAAACAGUAGUACCAUUAGAAGGUCAGACUCGAGCACUUUAAAAUAAGUACCUAUUUCAUGCGGUGUAGUGUUAUGGUACCAUAUGGGAGCCUGUCUCGAGCACCUCAAAAUAUGCGCCUAUGUGCACUUUUAGAGAAAUGGUACUUUGAAAUGUUGUGCGUUUAUUCCUUAUGGUACCAUAUAAAAAGUUGUCAUAGGGCUACGCAAUCAGUUCCCAUGUUAUGAGUAGGUCCCAAAUCUUUAAUAUACCAGGAAUCUUGGCCAUGAAGGGGUUAAUUGACGAGUAUAAUUUGUAUUAUGUCAGUUGAUUGAAUUCCUGAGACUUUGUAUAGAUUUGCAUCAAGCUCUAUUAAUAAACAAAUGAA